AUUGGACAGUUGCUUACAAUUGACGCAUUGCGAGCGCCUCUAAUUUAUUAUCACUUUCUCUCAAGUGUUAUCUACCAACUCCCAGCUCAUCAUGGCCCAUUCCGAAGGCUCAUUUUCUGCCCCUCCACAAGUCCACACUUUCGAUGGACUCUUGUCCGAUUUCGAUGGAACAAUAGUUGACUCGACGGAUGCGAUCGUCAAGCACUGGCACAAAAUCGGCGCCGAGCUAGGCGUAGACCCCAAGGCCAUCCUCGCUACAUCCCACGGCCGAAGAAGUAUCGAUGUCAUCAAGCUGUAUGACCCCUCCAAGGCCAACUGGGAAUACGUCAGCUACAUUGAGGGCCGCAUCCCCAAAGAAUACGGCUCCGACGCCGUCGAGAUCCCCGGCGCCAGAACCUUCCUCAACGCGCUGGACGAGUCGGGUGCGCGCUGGGGCGUGGUGACGUCCGGUACACGCGCUCUCGUCGACGGCUGGCUGGGUGUCCUCAACCUCACACAUCCCAAGGUGCUGGUCGUCGCGGAGGACGUCGAGCUGGGCAAACCCGAUCCCCGGUGCUACCUGCUUGGCCGGUCACGGCUGGACCUGGAGCACUCCUCGUCCCUGGUGGUGCUGGAAGACGCGCCCUCGGGUAUCCGGGCGGGCAAGGCCGCCGGAUUCAAGGUGAUUGCGCUGACGACGACGCACACUCUCGAGCAGUGUCGGGAGGCCGGGGCGGAUUGGAUUGUGGAGGACUUGAGGAGCAUUUCAGUGAAGGGUGUCGAGGACGGGAAGCUCCAGUUGGAAAUCAGGAAUGCGUUCCAAUAAAGGGUGAACAGGAGGGGCAAAGACCUCGCAGGGAGUCCAAUAGAGGGGUCAAUGGUCUAGUCUUUUGUCAAUCUUUUUCUGCUUUGUAUAUAGAAUGGUUUAGAGAGUAAAUACUAUAGAAAGAUAGUACGGUACUUACAAAUAUUCACCACUUGGG